UCACCGGACCGGAUUCGGACUCACCGGCCACACAUUGCGUGUUGAGAACCAAAUCAUUAGCGAUUGUAUUCACCUGGACUUUUAUUCACCUCCAACCUUCCUAGACGAUCAAUCGACGAACACCCAAGCAUCCCCGCCGCCCUGUAAAGCAUAUUCUUCGAAUGACCAUGGACCGAUCGAUUUCUUCGUGACCCGCAAUCUGUCGAAAUCGAAGAGCUGGGGAUCUCACGCCAGUCGUCUCCCUGUGCUAGCGUUCAGGUUUCCCUUCGACCAUGCCGCCUCCCGAGCCGUUGGUCCCUCUCAACGGCCACUGCUCGGUCAUCAACGAUGGCAUUCUCUACGUCUACUCUCCCGAUGCCUUCCAGGCCUUACCGUUGAAAGAGGGAGGUGAAUGGACACAGUUAUCCAUGGGCAUAGCCGUUACCGGAGCCCGAUGUGCUCACGCACCAUCCGACGAUCCAGCAGCAUCCGGUCUGUACAUCGUGGGUGGAUCGCCCAAUUCAACCAUUCAGGACUUCCCAGGCCUUCAGCGGUAUUCAUUCAAGAAUAAAUCCUGGGAAAUCAUCUCUCCUAUUGCAUCGGUGACACAAAACCGCCAGCAUCACGGUGCUGCCUUUCUGAAUGCCUCACAAUCGAUCAUUACCUACGGUGGAUCGCAAGAUGGCAUUGAUGGCCUGUCAUCCCAAACCUUUCUGAUUUCUACCCAACCACCAUUUGGCGUCCGCUCUUUCAACUCUGCGGCUCCCCCACUUAACAAUCCUUUUGUCAUGCCCUGGAACGACUCUCACGCUGUUAUGAUUGGUGGUGGUGUGGACAACCGACAAAUAUUUACUUUCGGUCCCGAUGAAAUGUGGGCGGAUCUGGGGACAACACUCCCGUUUGGACUUCCAGACCACAGCAAGAUCCAGUGUACCAUCAUGACUGGCGACGAUGGAAGCAAGGUCCUGGAAAUGUUCGACAUGAGUGUUUCUCCGAAUGCUGUCACACUCCUCGUUUUACGAAACCCCGAUGGCUCUCCCGCAGCGCCAGGCACCUACAUCGGUGCACCCCCAAAUUCGAUCCCUUCGAAAAAACGGAAACGAGACCUAACGUUGGAUCAAUGGCCGCCUUACGAUCCGACAUUGGCCCCAAAUGCCACCCGAGCCGAUUUCUCAUUAGCAACCGACCCCGAUGGAAUGGCAGUGGUCGUCGGAGGCUCGGAAGAAGACCCUCUUUGUAUCUUUAGUCAAAGGGAGAACAGCUGGAUGAAUGCUUCUGCAGUAUUGGGCGUGAAGGACCAGGACAUUCUAACCAGCCAGUUCACUUCAUCUAGUGUCUCGCUAUUAUCCUCUGCUACCGCCACUCAAUCAGUCCCCUCACCAUCUUCAACAACCAGUGCCGCCGAGGCAGCGGCCGGCUCGAGCAUGAAGAGCAAGAGACUGACUGUUCUUGGAGCAACGCUUGGAGCGAUUUUCGGCAUCGCUGCCCUACUCAUUCUCCUUCUUUUGUUGCUGCGGUGGAGAAAAGCCAAGAAACCCCAGGAAAAGACGCCCUAUAUUAGUGAAAAGGAGGGCCGUUUGUCAUUUGCCGAUAGGGGAGCAGAGUUCAUGCAUGAAGCUGGAGGGACGGUGGGCAAGACCUACGCAGCGAGCUUGAACCAUUCGACCACGAGCCUCGCCAUCAUGGAAGGACGGGGAGGCGAUCUUCCUGUAGGAGCGAUGAACGCAACCCGCGCCCCAAGGGCUGCCAACAUUGGCCAGCGUCGCGGACACAAAGCCCAAGCGAGCGAUGCCAGUACCGCUAGAUUGAUCCCGAACUCAUCACGAAGUCCACUUGGCUUUGACGAGGCGCUCGAGAUGAACCAAUUAAGUGGGAGUAAUCAGCCAGCACCGAUGAUGGGCGGCACUCUUGUCAAGGGCAAAGGGUCAAACGACCCUCUGAUCCCCCCGGCUGGCUCAGUGAGUCGAAAUAAGCCUCCGAACCCGCUUCCAGGCACCAACGCCUUCAACGACUCCCUACACACGCGCGCUGGCCCGGCUAUCGCAACAGCGGUAACCGCUGCCGCCGCAGUUCCUUCACAAAAAGCUGCCCCAUCAAGCUCGGCCCCCCGACCUGGUGGACCUCCUCCGAUGCCAAACGUUUCCUCACCUGCGGCUGCACGAUCGGCGAAUGCUCCGCCAGCAGGCGGCAUGCGUUCACGGUCAUCUGGGUGGUCGCGGUACUUCACCAACAAUGACGCGACGGACCUAGCACAGAUCCAGGGGAACGGGCAAUAUGGUCGCACCUCUGCUGACUUCAGCGAUGAUGCACGGAGUUCUCAGGCGUCAGUAUCGCAAUACACGGAUAGCCGGUUCUUCCCAUCCGGCAACUAUGGUGCCUAUGGUGCACCAUCUAACCCCAACAACCACAACAACCCAUCUUCGACAAACAAUGGUGCCGUGCGAAACAACGCAAACCCAUACCCCAUGUAUGAUGGGAGCGGCUACGACUCCGCCGGCUCCGGAAGCCGCUAUAACUCCGCCCAUUACAGCGGCGUCUCUCACCCCUCCCAGACCGUCCCCCCUCUCGAGCUCAACCUCGGCGAGUCGUUCGAGCGCAACGUCUCCGAAGUGUCCAUGGUCUCCGACCAGAAACCGAACACCAAGAACUCCGGCGCCCAGCCCCCUCGACCUGCUCUCCUACCCACAACCUCCAGCGGCGUCACCAUCCUCCCACGCGGCCACCAAGACGAAGACGACGCACGCAGCUGGACGACGGCCAGCACGCGCGACCGCGCCAUGGACCGCGACGAAGACGCGAUGUACAACGGCGCCGUGGCGCGCCCCGAUGCCGCAUGGACGCCCGUCACCAACGCACCGUACACCGGGCCGAUCCCCCAGAUGCCGUCGUUCAACCCCGACCCGCUGGAGGAUCCCCCGCGCGCCGUCUCCUCCUUCUACGGCUCCAGCACGGGGAUCAUCAGCCACUACGCGCCGACUACCGGAGUCCCGAGCCAGUACGGCGCUGGCGCCAGCUUCGGUGCGGGGGCGCCAGGGUUCGAUCCGAUGCGGCGGUUCCAGGGCGCGGGGGCGGAUGAGAAUCGGACGAGUAAUGCGAGCCAGCUGACGGUGUUCCCGCGGGGUGUGCCGAGUGGGAUGAGCACGGCGCAGGGCCAGUGGUCGUCGGGAGGGGGAGAGGGGAAGGGCGGGAAGAACGGGAAGAACGGGAAGAACGAGGAUAUGAGUUGGAUUGAUUUGAAUGGGGCGGGGAAAGCGAUGUGAGUGGGUCGUGGGAGAUGGCCAACGAGAAGACAAAGAAGAUCGGACAUGGAGAAGGAGAAGGCGGGGAGUUGAGAUGUCGUUCGUUCUGUUCGUUCCAUUCAUAAUACCCGGUAAUGCGUGCGUUGCUUGCGG